AGCUACAAGACGACAUAUACCGUUGACGGUUUUUUUUAGUAUUAAACCGUCAUCACAAAAUGUGACCUUCGACAGCUAUACGACUGAAAAACAAAACAAGCGGUACACCAUGAUGAUGAUUCGCACUGCAUUGUUCUGCUUAGCAGUAUUUGUGUCCGGUGCACAGUGUCAAGGCUGGAGUGGACAGCAGCCACAGGGACAAUGGAACAGUCAAAUUGGAAGCCAAGGAGGAUUAGGUGGAAGCAACGGAGGACCAAGCAUGUUUGGAGGCGGUAGCUUUGGUCCAAGUCUGUUCGGUGGAGGCAGUCUUGGAACAAGUCCCUUUGGUAGUUCAGGUCCAUUUGGGAGUAAUAACUUCAGAUCUAACCCAGGGACUAACUGGAUCAACUCGGGACCUUUUGGAAUGAAUGGUCGUAAUGCACCAAACGGUCAGCCUUUUGGACCCAGUUCCUUUGGUCCUAACGGACCAAUGCCAAGCAACCCCAAUGCAUGGGGCUCAUCUCCAAACCAAAGAGGUCCAUUUUCUCCAACUUCUCCCUUCCUGUCAAACUCACCGAAUUCCCAGAUGAAUUCCUUUCAGUCAACAUCAAAUUUUCGACAAAAUCCAUUUCAAACGAAUCUGAACUCUCGAUCUAAUAAUCCAUUUGCACCACCAUCGGGUAGUAUGGUUCCGUUUCCCAACAUGCCUUUCAUGCCAAAUUCUGCCCAGAAUAGAUUCGAUACAGGGUUUUUUCAAGGUUUUGGAUGGCAACCAGGAAUGGCGUCUCUCGCGAUACCAGGAACACCCAGCAUAGGAAGCAGUAGGUCUGCUUCUAAUAGUAAUGGUAUUGACAUUUCAGAAGGCGAGACUCUCACCUGUAGUGCCAGAGACAAUACAGGCUCUUUAGCAGUUACUCUAUCAUGGACGGAUAAUAGCAGCCAGAGAGGACAGACGUUUAACCCAAUACAAGGUGUCGUCAACGUGACGUCAACGACGCUGUCUGGAACGUUUACGGUGCUCCUGACACGGCGAGCCCGGGCGGAAGCAGGGUGCUCUUUAACUACCAUGGGCGAGAUUCUCUCACGAACUACUACAAACAGCGCAUGGGGAGGCACCAGGGUCUUCAGCCUGGGAGUGUUGUCUUCAAUACGUGUGAGACGUGGUGUGGAAUCUUCAAUUACUAUACCGACACCUAACCUGCCGUUGUUGAGUCUGCAGCAAUAUUCAGGGAGAGGAAUCGUGCUAUGUAGCGGCACAGCCUCAGAUUCUAGCGGAAGGGCCAGUUGCAUUGGCACCUUUCACCUCUGCUGCAAACUCGGUUAUGACAAUCAAGACGCCAUCCUACCAUGAUGCCCUGUUCCACCAUCGAGACUUUGCUUGUUUGUUGUCUAACGCCGCGCUCAGCAAUAUUCCAGUUAUAUGACGGCGGUAUGUAAAUAAUCGAGUCUGGAUCAGACAAUCCAGGGAUUGACAUCAUGAGCAUCGAUCUACGCAAUU